CGUAAAACCCAUAAGGACGAUAAUUGCUCUGUCUGAUUAUGAUUCAAUUGUUACACUUUAAGAGGAAGAAUCUUGAUUAUUAGAGUUAAACGAAAUUAGCUUAACAAAAUACAAUUUAAACACGCCAUUCAAAAGGAGAUGUAGAAUUAUAUUUCUCGGGUGUGGACAACAGUAGAUGCAAUACUUUCUACAGUGAACACAAUGAUGUUAUAUCUAUUCAUCUUGAGUCUAAUUCACCAUGGAGUUCACACUCAAGGAUUGUUCAAAGAAGUUGACUCAAUCUGUAUUGGUAAAUGUUUGGCUGAGAAAGAUUGGGAGUUUAACGGAGUCUGCCCACAAACCUUCUGUGACUGGCAAUGCGCCGUCCAGCGCCUCGCCUUCCGAACUGGUUACCCCGUUGGAACCGAAUACCACUGUGCACUCAACUAUCAUAACCGCAACGAAUACAUAGAAACUUGGGCUGUGGUACAAAAUUGCUCAAAAGGAGAGCAGCCGUACAUCAGUUUUUACAAAAACACCAUGGAAUUACCAUCACUCAAUGGGAUCAUAGUGUGUGACAAGUGUAACGAUAGUUGGUACUACAACAACAAAGAAAGUACUCCUUCAAACAUAUACCAUACCUGUACAUUAGUGAAAGUGAAUCGAUGCACUCUUGAGAACCAUAAACUCAGCUGUGGAAUUCCAUGGGAGGACAGAACAGAGUCUGAUGGAUUUUGUAGAUGUGAUUAUAAACAUGGCUAUGCCCCUUUUAAUGGAAAUGUACCUAUGUGUUUUUACUCAAUGGAAGAGUGUGAUAUUAAGAAAUGUCCAUCAGGACACGAGUUGGUAUCAAACUACAGUUGCGUUUCGGUCUGUCCACAAGGGUAUUACCAUGAAAACACCUCAAGACAAUGCUUGCCAGUUAAAAGCCAGACAACCCAUGAUCUGCAAGUAGUUACAACUACAGUUCCAGAAACAACGCCUACAACACUGAACGUGACUGUUCAAACCCCAAGCGAGACAACACAUGGUCCGCCAGUAGUUAGAACUACAGUUCCAGAAACAUCGCCAACAAGACUGAAGGUGACUGUUCAAACCCCAAGCGAGACAACACAUGGUCCGCCAGUAGUUACAACUACAGUUCCAGAAACAUCGCAUACAAGAUUGAAGGUGACUGUUCAAACCCCAAGCGAGACAACACAUGGUCCGCCAGUAGUUACAACUACAGUUCCAGAAACAACGCCUACCCCCUCAAUAUCUGUCACAGUUUUUGGAAUCGUUUCCAGCAUAACGCUUCUGCUCAUUUUACUUAUAUCUGUUGGACUGAUCUUAUAUAUUCGAAAGAGGACCAAAACAGACGCAGACAGCUCCAUGACCAAAGCUAUGAACAGUGGACAUAAAAAUCCCGGUCUUGCAGACUAUGAUCUGCUUACAUUUGACACGAACCAUCGCAAAGACAAAACCGAUCCGGCCAAAACGAAGCUUGACGCAGACAGCUCUACAACCAAAGCUAUGAAAAGUGGACACAAAAAUGCCGGUCUAGUAGGUUAUGAUCUGAUUACAUUUGACACGAAACAUCGCAAAGACAAAACUGAUCCAGCCAAAACGGAGCUUGACGCAGACAGCUCUACGACCAAAGCUAUGAACAGUGGACACAAAAAUGCCGGUCAAGUAGGCUAUGAUCUGGUUACAUUUGACACGAAACCUCGCAAAGACAAAACCGAUCAGGCCAAAACGGAGCUUGACACAGACAGCUCUAUGACCAAAUCUAUGAAUAGUGGACACAAAAAUGCCGGUCAAGUAGGCUAUGAUCUGGUUACAUUUGACACGAAACCUCGCAAAGACAAAACCGAUCAGGCCAAAACGGAGCUUGACGCAGGUAGCUGUACGACCAAAGCUAUGAACAGUGGACAUAAAAAUGCCGGUCUAGUAGGCUAUGAUCUGGUUACAUUUGACACGAAACAUCACAAAGACAAAUCCGAUCCGGCCAAAACGGAGCUUGACGCAGGUAGCUGUACGACCAAAGCUAUGAACAGUGGACAUAAAAAUGCCGGUCUAGUAGGCUAUGAUCUGGUUACAUUUGAUACGAAACAUCGCAAAGACAAAACCGAUCCGGCUAAAACGAAACUUGGACAAGGACAAGAUACAAACAGUGGAGGGGUUGAGGUUAAUAGUGAUAUUCCACUGAUGGACAGGUUGCCUGAUGCAACUCCUGAAAAAAGACAGAAGCCGAAAUCAACAGAUCAGCCAUUAGCAUCGGAGCUUUAGCUAAAGGAGGUCAUCUUCUAAGUGUAGAAUUACUCGUUGACGGUCAGCUUACAACCGUAUGAAGACACUUUUUCAAUAGCUCUGCCGGGGGUACAGUCGUAUAAUUGUAUUUGUGCGAUGUUUAAAAGCUUUGUCAUACGCUUAUGUGAAAGGACAGGGUCACCAUAGAAUCGAUAGAAUCCAAAUUGUGAAUGCCCUGUAGAUGACGAAUUUCACACUCUACUUUUAUAGACAUACAUCGUAUUCAUGCGUUUAUGGGUUAGUACAAUCUCUAGCGUAUAGUAUGAAUUAUGUAUAUCAAACGUUUGAAAAAAAUGUCAUGUCAUAAUGAAUUGAAUAUAAAAAUGACAGCUUUAUUUUUAUAACAGAUAUGACUAAUACUCUAUGUGACCGAAAAAUGAUAUCGCUAUUACAUUUUUAUGCUGUUGUAUUAUGUAAAUACAUUGUAUUUUGGAGUAAAUGUAAUUGUCUGUACUGUUAAACCUAUUAAAAUGAUGCAUGCUUGUUGAACAAAUGAGACUUAAAUAAACAAGAGCGUUUGAAUGUAUGAGGCUCAAUUUGAUUAACAUCAUAUAUAGUUCAACCUUAGAUAGAUUAUCAAUGUGAUAUGAACCAGGGGGGGGGGGCGGGAACAACGUACGUAAUGUUUUUAUCAGCGCCUGCACAUGAAUGCAUAAGGGGGGGGGAGAUAAAUCAAGUAUGUUGUUUACGCGCGUAUGAACAUAUAAAACAGGAGAGUUGAGAUCAAUGGGGUAAUAUUCUCUGCUUGUGGUGUCUGCAACACGUCAUCCUGCAGUUCCAUCACUUGCACCAUCUACACCGUCAAAUGUCUCGGUUGGGCCGUAGGCAGAACCUCUUGCACGUGCAUUGCGAUCCCCAGCAAGUAUACCCGGAUCCCAUCAUUGAGUCGAUAAUACCAAUGCUUCCGUAUCCGCCGCCCAUCAUGCCGCAACCCAUACCAGUGUAGAAAUAGUAUUUUGCUGCUAAUAUAAUGAAGUUAGGUAUUACGGAUUAAUCUGUUUUAGGCUGUAUACCAAAUGUUAUUGUUGCAUAAUCAAUUAAUUGUUUUUACUGAUUAGAUCUUUUAUAUUUAACCAAACAAACGUUACACAUAUCACAAAGGGUAUAUUGGACUAUCCUAAAGUGAAAAGAUAUGUGUUCGUUGGCACUUAUCUUUUGAUAUACUUAUAUUGAAACGCUCUAAGUUUUGUGUCAAUAGUACAUUUAAUGGGAUUUAAAUAUAUUGAUUUCCAGUCGAGGUCUUCAAAUAUAUUAUUCCAUUUCCAAGUUUAUUUAUCACUCAUUUAAUGGUUUGUUUCAUAUAAUUUUCAUAUACAUAUUUGUUGUGUGUUUUUUAUUCGAGGUAUUUUGUCAAUCUGACUUUUGGACUCAUGCUUGUAUGGUUGCUUUUUAACGUACGUUUCCAUUUAUCUGAUAUGCUUGAAAUAAGUGAAUGACAUUUUAGAAAAUCUAUGUUUGGUAUAAUAUACUUUAUUAAGUUCUUCAAAUGUGUAAAAUUGUUUUGUCGUGUUAUUAAAUAAAUGAUUUAUGUAUAUGACGCCAUGUAUAAAGCAUUCUUUGCAAAAAAAUAGGUGUUUUUAUGUGUUAAUACAUUCAUUAUACCAAAUUAUUUGCGUUGAAAUAUGUUCUAUUUCCUCAGUAAAAUUUAACCUUGUCCAACUUGUAAGUAUAUCUUUUAGAAAAUUAUUCUGUAUAUCAGGUAGAAUAUAUUUUGGUGAAAAAUUUCCCUCAAGUAAUAUUUUACCACCAAGUUCAUUUAUUCCAUUUAGAUACGGUACUUUCCAUCUACCAUUGUUGGAAUCAUCAUGUAUUCUUUUAAUCCAGCUUGUUAUAUUGUUGAUAUGAACAUAUUAAAAUCGAUCAUUUUUAAUCCACCAUUUUUAUAAUCCUCUGUAAUACAGUGUGUGUAUACCAGGUGAUAAAUUGCGUCAUAAAUGCUACGUCGGAGGCAAUAUUUUGAUUGGAAAAAAAACUUUGAACAAAGAUAACUUUACUAUUUCUUCACCAUUUUAAUUGAAACAUAGCGCAGUCAACGUCGCUUACGGAGCCUUGCCUUCGCUCUUUUGCCAGAGUUUGAUUGAGAGUUUAAUUUCUUAAAACACUUCGACAAACCUUUUCAUAAUUCGGCCGUCUGACGGAGCACUGUCAAAACAUUAUUUUGGAAACAGGUUUGACGAAGUGUUUGAUGAAACUAUUGACCUUAUCAAAUUUUGGUAAUGAAACAAAUUCGGGCCUCUUCAAGCUUUUUAGACUGUCCUUUGUUUCAUUUAAAAUGGUUUGUAAACGAAAUGUUAUCUUUGAUUUAAGUCUACAUUUUAAGCAAGAUGUUGCCUUCCGACGUAGCAUAUAUGACGUAAUUUAUCACGUGGUAUACACUCACUUAAUAAUGUUUCGUGCUAUCUUUUCUGGCUUUCAUCCCAUAAAAAAAUGUAAUGGUGUUUUAUAAUGUCUUCUGGUGGGUUUUCAAGAACCGUUAUUGAAAACACGAUUUUUGGAACUAUUAUUUUACUAAUCAAUGUUCAACCAUCGAAGGCUUUUCAAAGUCUGCAAACAGUAGGAGGCCCGGGUUAUUAGUAUUAUCUAAAUGAUCUAAAAUAUCAAAUAUUAGCCGUAUUUCUUUUCGGAAGAGAAGCCUUUCAUUUUUGAGAGUGAUAAAUUACACUUUGAAUAACCAGUUUCAAUCUACUGGCAAUAGAUUUUGUGGCAAUUUUAUAAUCUAUAUUUAAUAAGGAUAUAGGACGCCAAUUAUUUAAUCAGGAGUAGUUUUUAUCUUUUUUGGUAUUAAAUUGAUUAUUUCUUGCCUUUGUAAUUGUGUAAGACUCCCAUUUGUAUAUGAAUAAUUUAAGGAAUUUAAAAGAAACAACUUAAUAUCAAUCCAAAAUAAUUUAUAGAACUCUGUCGUUAAAACGUCAGAACCUGGGCUUUUGUUAUUAUUCAUUCAGCACACCCCCUUUCUUUUUGUACAUUAUUUAGUUUAUUUGUAUUUUGCUUAAAGAAGUCAUCUUUAGAUUUGUCUAGUUGUUGUUAUUUUAUAAAGGUUAUUAUAGAACAGUUUAGUUUCGUUGAGUAUAUUGUUGGGCUCAGUUAUUUCGACGUUGUUGACAAUUAGUCUUGGUUUUUUUUCUUUUUCUCAAGAUUAGCAAAUAUUUUGAGUUUUGUUCCAUGCCUUCUAUAAAUUCUGAUUAAAACCCAAUAAGAUUG